AAAUAUGGUAUCCAUCCGCGAACUCACGGCAACACGAAAACGCUUCCCAGUAACACUCUUCAUCAGUUGAUCACCGAGAACGUUCACAGUUUCGUUACAAACUACGUAGAAGAGAAUGUGUUUGUGCUACCUGGGAGAAUACCUGGAUUCAAGCGGGAAGAUGUUCAGGUGCUGCCUUCGAGCGAGACAAAAGGGAGUGUUUGGCGCUUCUACACUGGAACUUGUCAAGCUUCUGGAGAGCAACUGUUAGUUAGAGCAAAUUCGUAGACCUUUGGCAUCAGUUUUGUUCGAAAGUUGUUGUGGCGAAACCCAUGACCGAUCUAUGCUUCACUUGCCAGCAGAAUACCACCAAGCUUGUACGGGCAGCAAACCUCCCUGACCAUGAAAAGGCUGACUGUAUAAAAGCACAGCAAGAGCAUUCGGACUGCGCCCUAGGUCGAGAGAGAGUUUUACAAGAAAACUUGUUCACAUACAGCUACGACUUUCGGUCACACAGUUGCAGAGACGAACUUUAACGAAAUGCACGAACCGUGUUCAUUCAGUGGCACUAUGCACUAUUCCUUUGACUAUGCCCAACAAGUGCACUUUCCGAGUAACCCAAUGCAACCCGGACUGAUCUACUUUAAGACGUCAAGAAAGUGCGGGAUUUUUGGAGUCAUGUGAAGCUGUUCCGCGUCAAGUGAACUAUUUAAUUGACGGAGCUGCAGCAGUAGGUAAAGGAGCCAAUGCAACCAUAAGUUAUGUUCACCACUUUUUCGAAAGUCAUGGUCUCAGGGAAACAAACGUUCACUUACACGCUGGCAAUUGUUCUGGACAAAGUAAAAACAAUUACUUUUUAUGGUAUUUAGCAUGGAGGAUUGCUACUGAACUUCACCAGUCUAUCAAGUACUCUUUCCUGAUUGUUGGGCAUACUAAAUUUGGCCCGGAUUGUUGUUUUGGAAUUCUGAAAAAGUCCUACAAGCUCAGUUUCAUUUCAUCGAUUUAUGAACUAGCUCGAAUGGUGGACACCUCAAGCAACACAGGCGUGAACAAGGCCCAACUAGUGUUGACGCAUGAUGGCCGUGUAAUAGUACCUGUAUACGACUGGUCUACUUUUCUUGGGCAAUAUUUCAGAAAAAUCCCGAACAUAAAAAAAUUCCAGCACUUUAGAUUUUUUAAGGAUGAACCAGGUGUGGUUUACUGCCGAGAAUAUUUGUCAUCUCCGGAACAAGUGUGUGUGCUACUGAAGGAUGGUGCGGUCAUCCCACCAGGUUCAGUUCUUCUGCAGAGGAUCAACCCAGAACGAUUAAGUGACGAACGCAGGAACUACUUAUAUCGCGAAAUAAGACAGUUUUGUAAGCCUGCAACAGAAGAUUUAGUUGCACCAGUGCCAUGA